AUCUAUAAAAUUUAAAAAAUAAAAAUAAAUUCUGCGACUUGUGAACUUGUGGUUAUUUCAGUGAUAGUACAGAUUUUAGGGUCGAAGAAGCACACUUGCUAUGUGUUGUUUAAUAAACAAGCAAGGUAGUGAGAGAAAACAACAGGCCUCCCACGAUCCCACGGUACCGGAGAAGCACAAUUGCUAUGUUUUGUUUAAUAAACAAGCAAGGUAGACAGAGAAAGCAACAGGCCUCCCACGAUCCCACGGUACCGGAGAAGCACAAUUGCUAUGUUUUGUUUAAUAAACAAGCAAGGUAGACAGAGAAAGCAACAGGCCUCUCACGAUCCCACGGUACCGGGACGCAACCUUCCUCACCAGCAUUUAUGUCAGGUCCUUCAUUUCCCUUCUCCCAAACGCCGGUUUAAACUUUUUACGGUCACAAAUGGAGGACAUUUCCCCAUUGUGGAAGUCGAGAUUCUAGUAGGAAUAAUCUUUUAGCUGAUCCGAGAAACCAAGGAAAAAGGAACAAAAAUAUACAAACCGGUCCAGUCUCAACCUGACUCAGAAGGGUGGCUGCACCACCUCAGAUGCUAGAACUGCAUGCACCACCUGUCACAAAGAAACCGAACUCCAUGGAAAGAAGCCAUGCUCGUGGCGUGCACAUGUCUCUCUCUCCAUCAAUUUUAGUAUUGUGGAGAUCAUUGAAGGCACUUGGUAGGCAUGCUUGUCACUUCCGAUCUAAUUUAAACCAGCAUCCCUGCCUUUGGGUUAUGAUUCGAUUUGAUUGAAUACCGCCGCCUUCACCACCACCAGCGCCACCACAACCAUCGUUGCCAACUGUUCUAAUUGACAGAAAUGGCUGUGACAAAUAUGCGAAGUCUGAGGAACAAUAGAUGGUUGGUGUUCGUUGGUGGGAUAUGGCUACAAACAUUCGGUGGCAUUGGCUAUCUCUUUGGUAUAAUCUCUCCACUAAUAAAAUCAUCGCUUGGAUACAAUCAGAAGCAGAUCAGUGCUCUUGGAGUGGCAAAGGACAUCGGAGACAGUCUGGGACUCAUCCCUGGCUGCCUAUCUCAUGUCUUCCCGCACUGGGCCCUUCUCUUGGUUGGUGCACUUCUUAAUUCUGUUGGGUACGGCAUCAUUUACCUUGUGGUCUCCCAUGAAAUCAACUCCCUUCGUUUCUCGAUUGUUUGUUUCCUUAUAUGUUUAGGAACUAGUGGAGAAACCUAUUUCACUACUGUUGCUCUGGUUUGUAGUGUCAAGAACUUUCCUAAGAGCAGGGGACCUGUAGUUGGUAUGCUCAAGGGGUUCUCGGCUCUGUGUGGUGCAAUUUUUGCUCAAAUUUAUGCAUCCAUGUUCGUGGGGAAUGAGGAGAAAUUCAUUCUCAUGGUGGCUGUUGCUCCUUCUGUUAUUGCUCUUUCAACCAUGCCUGUUUUAAGGACAGUAGAUGGAUGUAAAGAGACGUACCCCUUUGAUGAGACCAUUUUCAAUUUCUUCUAUGCCGUUUGCCUCCUAUUGGCUGCUUACCUUAUGUUAGUCGUCCUUCUCCAAGAUGUGCUACUGAAGAAACUGAUGAGUAACACUGUAAACGAAAUUCUUACGGUCUUGUUGGUGAUAAUGUUGAUUUUUCCGUUUGUUUUUUCGGUGAUAACCACCUUGAGGAACAUGAACGAUAGAACUAGGACGGACGAGAAAGGCCAGAAUCUCGAUUCAUGUCUUCUGGUCCGAGCAGAGGAGAUGACAAGUGAAACAGAAGAUGAAAGCUUCAAAGAUGUGAACUUGAGGCCAGAAUGCGACAGAAGAGCCGUUCCCCACCAGAGAGCUGACUACCUGUACGCAGUAGCAGAAGGUGCACUUAGAAUCAAGAAAAGGAGAGGCCCGAGGAGAGGAGAAGACUUCACUCUCACACAGGCACUAAUUAAGGCUGACUUCUGGCUAAUGGUUAUGUCUCUGAUUUUCGCCUCUGGCACUGGUCUAACCAUUAUAGACAACCUUGGACAGAUGAGUCAGUCGAUGGGUUACAAAAGUAGCCAUGUAUUCGUGUCCCUCAUGAGCAUUUGGAACUUCCUUGGUAGGAUUGCAGGAGGUUAUGUUUCUGAAUUACUCGUACGAAAUCACGCCUGUCCGCGCCCUGUCUCCAUGAUUGUCGCAGAGGUGGCUAUGGCAGUUGGACUGAUAAUAUUAGCCAUGUCAUUAGCAGGAUCAAUGUAUAUAGGAACCAUGCUUAUAGGCCUUGGUCAUGGAGUACACUGGGCUGUUGCACCGGCUACUGUUUCUGAAAUAUUUGGUCUGAAACAUUUUGCAACUCUUUACAACUUCCUCACCAUGACAAGCCCUACAGGAGCUUUCUUCUUCUCAAGUGCAGUUGCAGGGACCAUGUAUGAUUUGGAAGCUCAGAAACAGCAAAAAAGAUACGGUAGAUAUGGACAAGAGUGUGUGGGAGAUUCAUGCUUCUUUGCUGCUUACUUGAUCAUGGCUGGAGUCUGCAUUGCUGCAUCAGUGUCCAGCCUCGUGUUGGUCUACAGGACAAGAGUGGUUUACAAGAGCAUAUACGGGAGAACAAUGAUUUCCGGUCAAGAUCAGGCUGGUAAAGAAGAAGGCUUCUUGACAGAAUGAGGGAAUCAGACCAAUCAAUUUUUCUUGUAUAUAUAGUCACGAUAAAGAUUAUCAAGUGUGCGCUGCUACUGUUAUUGCUCUUGUUACUGUAGUAUUUCAUGUC